AGCCAUCCGAUGGAGGAGGAGGUGGCCAUGUUGUAGCGGGGUACAGCGAACCCUAGGAGGAACACUACCUGAGACGUUUGGCAUUUAACCGGUACUGAUAACCACACGGUUCGGAGGGACCGCCCGUUCUCUUCCCUGUCAGAAGUGCCGAGCUGUAGAAGACACCAUGAGCGGCGGGACGCCCUACCUCGGCAGCAAAAUCAGCCUCAUUUCGAAGGCCGAGAUCCGCUACGAAGGGAUCCUGUACACCAUCGACACCGAGAACUCCACCGUCGCAUUGGCUAAAGUUCGUUCCUUUGGAACAGAGGACCGCCCCACCGACAGACCCAUCCCUCCUCGAGAUGACACCUUUGAGUACAUCAUCUUCAGAGGCAGCGACAUCAAGGACCUGACUGUGUGCGAGCCGCCCAAACCGACAUGCUCUCUUCCUCAGGACCCUGCAAUCGUCCAGUCGUCCAUGGGCUCCAGCUCCUCGUCCUCCGCUGCCGCUGCCCCCACCCCCUUCCAGUCUGCCGGUUCCUAUGGACUCUUCAACCGGGCCCCAGUUCCUGCCUACAACCAGUUCAGCACCAGCCCCCUGGUUUCUCCUCAGUUUGGACCCGUCGGUGUCGGCCGCAGCAGCCCCAGCCUGGACCCUCUGAGGAAGAGCCCCACCCUGGACCAGGUGAUCCAGACGGCUCCUUCGGCCCCGACCGCCGCCACCACGGCUCCGGCCCCCGGCCUGGGACGCAGGAGCCCCACCCACGGUCGCACGGCCCCCCCCACCGCCGGGCAGAGCAGCCAGAAGCUCCAGCACCAGGAUGGCGUGGAUGCAAGGAGGGGUGAGACUGUGAGGGGAGGCCGCAGCAGCCAGGGCUGGUCUGCACCCCGAACCAUCUCCGCCUCUCACAUCACCGCUGUAGAUAGGGCUCCCACCGCAGGGCUUCCCCACUCUAUCUUUAGCCACUCAGCUGCCGGAGCGCCGGUGAAUCGUCGUGGGCGAGGGGGCGGGCACCGCGGCAGAGGGCGCUUCAACGUCCGCAGAGACGGACCCAUGAAGUUUGAGAAGGACUUUGACUUCGAGAGCGCCAACGCCCAGUUCAACAAGGAGGAGAUCGACAGAGAGUUCCAGAGCAAGCUGAAGCUGAAAGACGAGAAGACUGAGAAGACGGAGAAGACGGUGAACGGCGAGGAUAAAGGCGACUCCGGCGUGGAAACUCAGAACAGCGAGGGAAACGCCGACGAGGAGUGUGACCCGCUCGGCCCCAACUGCUACUACGACAAGUCCAAGUCCUUCUUCGACAACAUCUCCUGCGACGACACCAGGAAAGCUAAUGAGAAGUCUGGAGGCUUGGGUUUCCCACGGGAGCGCAGGCAGACCUGGGCGGAGGAGAGGAGGAUGAACGCGGAAACAUUCGGUAUCCCUCUGCGUCAGAGCCGAGGUCGCGGUGGUUACCGUGGACGUGGCGGGAUGGGUUUCCGCGGAGGUCGGGGGCGUCCGGCUAGCCGAGGGUCCUUCGGACCACCGCAGGGGGGCGGCGGCUUCAGGGGCGGAUACAGAGGAAACCAGGCCGGCCGGGAGUUCGCCGACUUAUCAGCAUACAGGAAGGACAACAAAGUGGCUGCGUAGUCCCGACGGGAGGAAGAUUCUGCACAAAGGUGGAACUUCUUCACACACAAAAGGAAAACAGAUAGUUUGUCAACUAAAAUAAUGAAGAUUGUCCAAUUGUUGUAUAUUUGUCACCAGCACUGGGGUAGACUGCUUGAAUGCAACUUAACUUUCCAUAUCUUUCAACGGUGGAAACGACAACAACAACAACAACAACAAAGCAGUUUAUCACAGAAACCGUAAAAAAAACAAAAACAAAUUCCAGAUCUCUACAAAGUAAUUUCCAGGUGGCUGAAGUAAUUCUGUGUAAAUGUCAUAUUUCAGAGGGAUGCUUUUUGUUUCGCCCUUUUCCUAAACCUGUAUUUGAUAACAUUUUGUUUAGCUGUGGAGGGUCGUCCACGCCACUUCCUGUCACUGACGUAGCUUUAUUUGGGGAGGUGGGGACAGUUUCUCCUGUAACUCUGCAACUUCAGCACCAAAAUAGGCCACAGGGUCAGUCACACCUUUCUAACAUGUAUUUUUCUACUAUGACAUAGACGUUCAUCCGUUAUCUCGUCAGCCCGCUCACCGUCACCCCUCCCCCCUCCCCGCCGCCCGUCUCCAGUCGCAGUGCUCGUGCGUUUCGCUUCUCACCUGAAACCUCUCCGCGUUUCACCUGCAGCUUGGUUUUUCUCCUCCAGCUGAUCCUGAAGUGUUUCCUCGUGUAGGUUUGAAGGCGUUUCCUCUCGAGCUGAAAGACGAUUAAUCUGCAGCUGUUUUCACACAAUCCAUCGAUCGUUGAGUCGUUUUUAACAGUAAAGAUAGAAAGAUCUGUUGUUACAGAACAUUUCAAUAAAAACACUUCAGUUUCACAGACCAAACGAUUAAUCGAUUUAUUGAUGAGGAAAAUAGUCGUUAGCUGCAGCUCUACUUUCCUCACUCUGCUCUAACAUUAGUGUAGGAAGCUGGUGCUGCUCUACUGGUUUCAGUGGUAGUUUAUGCUCCCAGUCCACAAGCUGACUCAGACGGGUCAUAGGUCAAACUACUUUUUCCACUCGUUUGUCUGGUUCUUCAUCACGAGCCGCCGGAGCUCCGAGCUCACAGUUCGUUAGUUUAAUGAGUUUAAUCUGCGGACGAGGGCUGAGAUCUGUUCACUGGGUUUUAUCUGACAGCAGAGAGGAAGAUUUAACAUGUCCACACUGAAACACUUCGCUUCAAGUCGUAGAGCUGAAACAAUUAGUCAAUCCAUCAACAGACAAAUAAUUGGCAGCAACUGAUGAGACCAUUUCCUGUUUCUCUUUGUCUCGUCACUAAACGAGUUCAGCUCUGAGGAGCUGUGAGGGACAUUUUUCUUUUGGACAGUUUUGACUUUUCAUGGACUAAAUAUAUAAUCAAUUUAUUGAAAAAACAAUUAGCACAUUAAUCGAAAGUAAUUAAUUAAUGCAGCUGCAGCUGUACCUGGCUGGAGGCUGCACUGUUGUAUGUAUUUCCUUUUUUAUGUCUGCAUUUAAUGUGUCAUAACCCAAUGAAAACAUGUUAAACAGACGUUUAUUUAUCUUUUUUUGUCUCUAAAAACUAAAUGAGUCGUUUCAUUUUGACAUAAAAAUCACUUUACAGUUUACAGUCCAGUGGUGUCCAGCAGGGGGCAGCACCUACAGACACUCAACACAGUCCUGUCAUUAGUGUCCAUGAGCAGGUGAGAGGUGGAGCAGCUGAGUAGCCCCGCCCACACAGGAGUCUUUAAGCUGUAAUGUUGAAAUGAAUAAAGAGAAGAGGUGAACUGCACUUCAGUGUCAGCAGCAGUCAUUUAUUUCCUGUGGUGUCAUUUGAUUUUUUCUUAUUAAAGAUGAAAAACAUGAAAUGCAGACAUGAAGAGGAAAUACAUGAUGUGUAUUUCACUUUAUUUCUUUAACCGAUUUGUUUCCGUUUAGACAUUUUAAAUCUUCCGGUGCCACGUUACAACCAGACUCCCCUUAUACAGCUUCAUCAACGGGUUAUAACUAGUUCAUUAAUCAGCUUGUUCACACUUUAUCAAUCAUUUAUAAGCUGUUAUAACACGUCAGAUAAAAAGGCCAACAGUGAGCUGUUUCCUGCCAAAAAGUGAGCCCUCAUGUCUCUUUCUCCAUCAUCAUUAGCUGCUGUUUCAUCACAUUUGUUCACUUACUAAUUAAUUCAUUAUUAAUUAACCUUUUCACAUCUCUGGCCUGUCGUUCACUGAGCUGAUUCUCCCUCCACCUUCAUGUUUCUUUGCUUCUCAUUUUUACCACCGUUUAUUAAUGAGUUACUGUUGCUCCUGUUAAAAGGAGUGAAACAUCAUUUAUUAAUGUGUUACUAACAGGCUCCAGUUACCAGUUUAUAUGUUAGUAACUCACUCUAAACAUUAAUGAGUAGGAAGUGUCAACUUGAUCUUGCCAAAUAGUGAGCCUGCGUCAAUGUAAGAAAACUGUUAUAACCUGUUUAUAACUGUUUAUCAUUAUAAAGUGUAAACUGAAUUAAUAACCUGAUUAUAAACCGUUAAUAAAUCCUUUAUAAGGGGAGUCUGAUUGUAAAGCACCAAAUCUUCCAUAGAAGAAGUCAAAGCACUUUCUAAGAUGUAAUAACUCAUACAGUUUAUACAUGUAGUCGUUUGUCGGGCCGCUUCAUCAAACACACUAAUUUAAAUAAACAAAAAACACGUCUCA